AUGAAUGAAAACUCUGCAAAACCUAAAGAUGUGAAACAUCUUUCUGCCAAGAAGCAGAUUCCCCCGAAAAAGCUACAAGAACAGGUCAUUUAUUCAGAACUGAAAAUAAAGAGUUCAAACUCCAAACAGGGAAAAGUUACAAGAACUGAAUCAUCUAAAAGAAAAGGAUCUUCGAUUGCAUGUUCCGGGUCUCCUACUGAAGUGAUCCUUGGACUGCUGUGUUUCCUUUUCCUUUUAACAACUGGAAUCUUUGGAUUCAUGUUUUUCCAGAGUCAUCAAGUACAGAAGUGUCAACUGGACAACACAACACAAGAAGACAAAUAUGCAUGUAGAAAUGAGCCUAUCACAGAAAAGCCACUCAACACAAAAGAUGAAGGCAGUACAUGUAAACCUAAAUGGUCAUGCUGUGGAGACAGCUGUUAUUAUUUUUCACAUGAAUUGAAGACCUUUGAAGAGAGUAGGCAAUUAUGCAAGAAAAUGAGGUCCACACUUGUGAAAAUAGAAGAUCAAAAAGAAGUGAAAUUUCUUCAAAGCCAGAUAUCUUAUUUCUUUUGGAUUGGAUUGUCUCGUAAAGGAUCCAGCAGCCCAUGGAUUUGGGAAGAUAACUCAAAACCCUCUCCCAAUAUUUUUUCUUCCAGUAAUUGGAAAUAUUCAAAGGAUGGAAACUGUGGACGCAUAGCAACAACAAAGAUGGCGCCUUCUGACUGUUCAAAAGGCAGCAAAUACAUUUGUAAGAAGUCAGCUGCUUGUUUUCCACGCUAG